AUGGCCAGACAGCCGCGGGCGCCACGGCCGGAGCCUCCGCACGCCGGCGACGCCCGUUGUCCUGGUGACGCCAGCCGGGAGCCGCCCCGCCCCGCAAGAGGCGCCCACCGCGCGCGCCCCGCCGAGGCCCCUUUUGGCAGCAAGGCCUCCAGGUGCCCAACGCGAAGGCGGGGCCCGUCUGCGGCCGCCUCCCCGGCGCCACGAAGGAGACCCCCCCCCCCGGGAGUUCGUGGGGGCUCAGCGCUCUGGCCCCGGCAGCUCAGAGCGCAGCGCGCAGCCAAGGGGCGCACGCCGGCCACUUCCCGGGGCGCCGGAGCGCACCCGCACCCGCGCGCCCGCGCCAUGGCUGCCGACGCCCCCGGCCCCCGGGGCCCCGCGAGCCGCCUGCUCGCUCUGUGGUCAGCGGCGCUGCUCCUGCUGGGCCUGGCUCGCCUGUCCGUGCGUGCCGAUGGGAAGCUCUUUGUGCUGGCGUCUCAGAACGGCUCCCAGGGGCUGGCCUUGGAGGCAGCUCGGCUUUCCUGCAGGAGCAAGGGUGCCCACCUCGUGUCUGCGGACGAGCUGCGGAGGGUGGUCCAGGACUGUUCCUUCUCGGUUUGUGCCACGGGCUGGUUGGCCGAUGGCAGCCUUGGAACAACUGUGUGUAGCAGGGGGAGUGGUGAACAGCACAGCCUGAGAGCCGUUGACGUGCGGAUCGAGAACAGUCCACUUCCUGGUGGCGUGCACAGCGCCUUCUGCAUUAGAGAUGAAGACCUGUCCUGUGGGGACCCGCCUUCAUUCCCACACACCAUCCUGCAGGGACGCACCGGCUUGGAGAUGGGGGAUGAGCUGCUGUACGUGUGCGCCCCCGGCCACAUCACUGGCCAGCGGGAGACCGCCUUCACUCUGCUGUGCAACAGCUGUGGGGAGUGGUACGGCCUGGUGCAGACCUGCGGAAAAGAUGAGGCUGAGGCGCAUAUUGAUUAUGAAGAGAAUUUCCCCGAUGACCGAUCGGUGUCAUUCAGAGAGCUCAUGGAGGAUUCCCGGACCGAGGCAGACGUGGACAGCCGCCGGGGAGAAGCCGCUGUGGAGGCCCCCAUGCAGGACCGGCUGGUCUCCAUCUCCAUGGAGAGCGGAAAGAAAGCCUUUGUCCCAACCAUGGGCUUGUCCAGUGCUGUGAGCACUGUCCCCACCGACUUGACAGGAUCGUGGCCAAAGAGGAAGUUCUUGUUCCAGUUCCCCACAGAGACCAUCCACGAGGCCGAGUUGGAAGAGGAGGUGGACGAUGACACCAAAAAGCAGCCUCCUGCUGGAGACAAGCACAGUGAUGGGGAGCUGGGUCUGGGUGACCUGGAAACCCAGGUGGUCUACGGCAGCACGGAGGACCCCUCAUCUGUAGGUAAGAACGACAGCAAGGCUGGGGAGCCCGUGGUGAGCAGCAGUGACGAGUCCUGGCUGGAUGGCUACCCUGUGACUGACGGGGCCUUGGCGAAGAUGGAGGCAGAAGAGACAGAGGAUGGAGACAAGGGAGAUGGGUCAGUGGGCCUGGAUGAGGGUGUCCUGCUUCCGCCAGACCAGCCCGUUCUUGUGGAGGUCAAGAAGCCCAAGAGCACCAUCUUCACGCCAAGUGGUGAUAUAACCAUGGCCUAUGGUUCAGUGCUUCCAACUCAAACGUUACACGGGGAAGCUUUGACUCUCAGACCCAUGAAUGUGUCCAAGACUGAGGCCUCCAGCAAGGAUGGUGGUGAUGUGACCACCUCAACUGUACCUUGGAGAUUUGCCACAGACACGUCUCCCGAGGCCACCAUACACCUUGAACCUACCGACUCUACCUUGGACCCAGUAACCACCACUGUCCAACAGAAGCCUCACCUUGUCCCCACGUCUACCACGGUGGUCACCCAGCCAGCCACAGAAACCACUGCUUCUGACGUCCAGGACAGCUUCCCAUACCUGCUGUCUGAGGACUUCUUGGGACAGGAAGGCCCAGAACCGGGUGCAGGGGAGAAGCUCCAUCCGAGCCUGGAGCCAUGCGUGGGGGACGAGUGUCCCAACUACAGCAGAGGACCUGUGAUCGCCACCAUUGUCACCGUCCUGUGCCUGCUACUGCUCCUGACCACUGUGGGGGCCGUGUGGGGCUACCGUAGAUGCCAGCAUAAGAGCUCUGUGUACAAACUGAACGUUGGCCAGCGGCAGACUGGGCACUACCACCAGCAGAUCGAGAUGGAGAAGGUCUAG